AUUUCCGCUUCAAAGAUCAUCUGCAUAGGGCUUGCUGUUGUUGUUUAUUCAUGUCGUUCGACGUUGUUUGACAGAUAAACAUGAAGAUUGUAACAUGGAACAUAAAUGGCAUACGAACAUUUAAAAGUGGCAUCAAGAAAAUUCUGGAUUCAUUUGAUGCUGAUAUAAUAUGCGCUCAAGAGACUAAAGUUACACGUGACUUGCUCGAUGAAAAGACGGCGAUUGUUGAGGGCUACAAUUCAUACUUUAGUUUUAGCCGUGGACGAAGUGGAUACUCGGGUGUUGUAACCUACUGUAAAGAUAGUGCUGCACCAUUCCUGGCAGAGGAAGGAUUGACAGGUCUUCUCAACACUCAUGAAGAGGCUGUGGGUUGCUAUAGUGACCAGCUUGAGUUUUCAAGUGAAGAGUUGCUGGCACUAGACAAUGAGGGAAGGGCUGUCAUCACUCAGCAUCACUUCAUUGGUGCAGAUGGACCACAAAAGCUGACUGUGAUAAAUGUUUACUGUCCACGUGCCGAUCCAGAGAAACCUGAGCGAAAACAGUACAAGAUCCAGUUUUAUAAGCUCCUCCAAAGCAGAGCAGAAGCCAUCUUGAGCUCAGGGAGUCAUGUCAUCGUUUUAGGGGAUGUGAACACUUCUCAUCGACCCAUAGACCACUGUGACCCAGAUGACGUGGAUAACUUUGAGGAUAACCCUGGGAGAAAGUGGCUGGACCAUUUCCUGUUUGGAUCAUCAGAAAAUGGUGACUGUGAAGAAGAAUUCGAAGACGUCUCACACAAAUCUGCCUCUGGUGGCAAGUUUGUUGACACCUUCCGCCAUUUCCACCCAGAGCGCACUGAUGCCUUCACGUGCUGGUCCACAAUGACUGGUGCCAGGCAGACCAAUUACGGCACACGUAUUGACUACAUCUUCUCCAGUCGCUUUUUGGUGGAAAACAUUUUCAGUGGAGUGGACAUUAUGCCUGAAGUAGAAGGAUCUGAUCACUGUCCUGUAUGGGCACGGCUAAGCUGUACCCUCUUGCCAAGUCCCAAGUACCCACCUCUAUGCACACGUCACAUGCCAGAAUUUGCUGGCAGACAGCAAAAACUUUCACGCUUCCUUGUCAAAGUUUCUGACGGGAGGCUUCCUGGAUCACAGGAGGCUGGGGAGAUUCGUGAAAACUUGAUUCCUGUGGUAAAGGAGAACAAUAUUUUUAAGAAGAGACCUGCAGAUAGAGAGGCAGAGACCACUGGGAACAAACCUAAAAGAAGCAAGCAGACAAAAACAGAAAGUAAACCCAAAGGCAACCUUUUAAGUUUUUUUAAGCCUAAGCAAACAAUAUUAAACACUGCCACUUCAAACGUAAGCCCAAAACAAGCAGAAUGUCCUAAAGAUGUACCCAGCUCUGAAAGCUCAGGGUGUCAGAUCACUCAUGCGAGGCUUAAUGAUGAAACAGACUGCAAUACAACCCAGACCAGAAGCCGCCCUAGUGGUGUGGAGGAGGACACGCAUGUUUCCAUGGUAAUGGAGAAAGAGAUUAAAAAACAGGAUCAACAAGACAAAGAAGCUACACAUGUAGAGAACUGUAGGAAAGGACCAUCUAGCUUUUGGAAAGAGAUUUUGCAUGGGCCCCCUCAGCCCCCUCCAUGCAAGUCACACAAUGAGCCCUGUGUUCUUCGGACUGUAAAAAAAGCAGGACCUAAUUUAGGCCGUCAGUUUUUUGUAUGUGCCCGUCCACAAGGUCAUGCCUCCAAUCCUCAGGCCAGAUGUAAUUUUUUUGCCUGGGUUGAUAAAGGGAAGUAGAUUAACUAUAUGCAUACUGUUUUUAGUGGGGUUUUUUGUAUUUGUUUGUAUUAUAUGUAUAUUAUCUUACACAUAGAAAUAGAAUAUAAAAGUUAUCGUACUGUACAAAUAAAACGAUUUUCCAAAAUGG